AUGGAAACCUUCCCCCUAAACGACCUCCCCCCAGAGCUCAUCGCGCAAGUCAUCCACGCAGUCCCCGAUCCAAAAGACCUCCGCAACCUGCGCCUCGCCAACCGCGCCCUGAGCGAGCUAGCCACGCGGGAACUCUUCCGCGAAGUAUACGUCCACAUCGAUCGGCUCUCCGACGAAAUCGAAGAGCAGUCCUUCGAGGGCGUCGUCAAGAUCUUCGAAAAAUAUCCUCAUCUGGUGCAGGGCCUCGACGUGGACGGGUACUUCGGCGCCCGGUAUGACUGUCUCUGUCCGUUUCAGUGCGCGCCUUAUCUUGACAAGCUGCCUAAUCUGCGGUGGGUUGAGAUGUAUGGGACUUAUGCGUCGUGGUGGAGUGAGGAGGAUUAUGCGGGUCAGGUCGCUGGGGUGUUGAGGAGGGCGAGUUUGUUGACGGGGUGUGGGGAGCGUGUGUUGCGGGGUUUGAGGAGCUUAAACCUCAACAUCUUCACCGAAGAAGACCCCCAAGACUGGUUCCUCGGCGCCUUCAGCGCAAUCUUCCUCAUCCCGCAGCUCCAGCACCUCAGCCUAAAAGGCCUCACCCUAAGCAGCGCCGACCUCGCCGACAUCCCACCAACCUUCCAGCACCAAACAGAACUGAAAUCUCUCAGCAUCACCCACUCCUACAUCGACAUCCAAGCCCUGCACAACAUCCUCUCCCUCCCGCGCGCGCUAACCCACCUAGACCUCUCCCACAAGCCUCCUGGAGGCACGCAGCGUCCGCCCGGGUGGCACGAGGAGACGUGCGGCCCGGGCGAUCUGCGCGCGGCGCUGGCGCAGCAGGGGGCGUCACUUGAGGGGGUGAAGAUUGCGAGGUGGCCGAGGGUGAGGAUUGAGGACACUGGAUUUGAUUUGUCCGUUGGGGGGUUUCCUAGGUUGAGGGUUUAUGAGGGGUGUUAUCGGGAUGCGUCGGGGAGGUUUGCUUGGGGUUGA